AUGUCUUGUCGCAGAAGAAAUCACCGCUACUCUAGUUAUCUGGACGAUCGUUUGCUGGAUGACUAUCGUUACAAUUACAGAAGAUCAAGAAGUUCAAGGCCUUAUACAGCACCAGCGUAUGACCCAUAUUAUAACAACUAUCCAACUACAGCGUAUCGAUCACUUCCUCCUGUAUCUCCAGCGCCUUACGUAGCUCCAGUAUACGAAACAUAUGAAAGACGUCCGUACACCACUUACGUGCCUACCGCGCCUAUAGCUCCAGGGCCAUAUCCAUCAAUAACGUAUGAACCACCUUAUUAUCGAACACUGGAGUCUCCUUAUCGUAGCUGGGUUUCUAGCAAUGGUAAUACGCUUUCAUAUUCACCACGUCCAAAAGUGGAUAUAUAUCACGAAGUCCCUGGAUAUAACAGUGACAGUUUUGGUAAAUAA